AUGCACUCUUGCUCUUCUGCUCCUCGCAUGCCUAUCCGAGUAUGGGCGCAUAUACCGAGUUUAGGCACCAUCAAUACACAGCGAGGAGGCGUGCGAUCCCCAGAAACUGUGGGGGAUAUCAUGAACAGGCCCUUUGUGUGGAUACCGGAGAUACAAAGCCCGUUCCUCGUGGCGCUAUUGCUCGGGGAAGGUGACGUUACGCAACCUCGUCUGUUCAUUCAUCCUGAAGUGUCGUCUACAGCAAUGCACACCCACCUUGUUGCCCAGUUGAGCCUGCAUGCAUCGCACUUGUCCUCUUCGCCCUCUCCUCCACAGUGGCAUCAAGCCAUAUGUGAGCCUGUGAGUGCCUCCGCAAAUUUCCAGAGCGUGCGCCGUGGCUGA